AAAAAAUAUCGAUAUAUUGAUAUUUUGAUAUAGUUUUCACAUCCCUAGUUUCCAUUUGUUUACAUAUUUUUGUUUUUAUUUUGAAAUUAUUGAAAUGUCGGAGUUUGACUCGCGACUAAUUGAGUUGGUUCGGGCUAAUCCCAAGCUUUAUGAGCGGGAACUUAGAAACUCACCCUAUGAAGCCCAUAAGAAGCGACAUCCGGAAAUCUGGAGCAGCAUCUCCACCUCAUUAAAUACAGAUGUUAGUGCCUGUGUCAGUCGUUGGAACCAUUUGGUGGCCAAACACCGUCGGGAGCUGGCCAAAGAAAAGGCCGGAGGCACUGGCUCCGAUUGGAGCCUUCUCCCGCAUUUAAAAUUCCUGCAGCAUCAUCACCAUCCGUUUAAUCACCGGCAUUCUAAUGAUUUGAGUAAAAACGCACUAAAAUCCAAUGAAGAGGUCAACGAUGAGGAGGAUCCACUCCAGGAGGCCAUGGAUGAGCAGUUGGCCGUGGCGGGAGCUGCACCCCCAACCACAAAUCCUGCCCAAGCACCGGCCGUGGCUCCCGUCAGGGCAGAAAGGAGGAUAGAAGCUCUGCUUGAAGGACUAGGAGAAGCGAACCGAAUUAAGGCGGAGAAACGCAUUCUGGCCUACCUAUGCAAAUGCAAUCUGCGCGUCCUCAACGACGAGCAAAUCGAUGAUAUAGUCAUUUAGGAAGAUAUCCAUGAUAGAACAUCAAAAGCAGCAAACAUCACUGGUCAUAUAACGAUGUUAUAGUUAUAGUUUAUAUCUUUGGACAAUUAUCCGUAGUGUACACUAAGAGACUUCAUUUUUUAAAUUUAUGCUUCCCUAUGAAUUAUUGUUAAUCCAUUUGUUGAACUUAACUUAUUUCUUAAUAAUUCAACCUAAUGAGUUUUUGCUAUUCAAACUAAAUCUUGAAUUUAAGAUAUGAUAACAGAUUAACUUUUAAAAUCAGCUGUUUUGGCAAUUUAAAUUUGUAUUUGUAUAAAAACCAAA